AUGGUUCAGCAGUGCAACACGCGUCCCGCCUGCGACCCCCUGCCUACCCCUCCGCUCACUAAUUUUCCUCACGAGCUGCCCAAUCUUCUCCCCAUGUCCCUCACGAGCUGCCCAAUCUCCAUCUACAGUAGACUCCAUGGGACCUUCUCCGGCGUCUCUGAGGGCUUCGCCAGUCCGGCCGUCCGCCGCCACGGCAGGGAUGACCGAGGGAUCGGGUCCUGCGUCUCCGGCCCGCCGUCGGCUGCCACGAUCACGACCAGAUGCGUCACGAAGCCGGCGGCCAGCUCCGCCCCGCCCACGCCCGCGGCCGUCGCCGCGAGCGCCGCCCCGCCCGGCCACGGCUCGGCCCGCCCCGGCGACCUCCGCGGCGUCCCGGCAGGCCACGCCCGGCCAUGGCUCGCCAGGCCACGCCGGCGGCCAGCUCCGUCCCGCCCACGCCCGCGCCCGUCGCGGCGACCGCCGCCCCGCCCGGCCACGGCUCGCCCCGCCCCGGCGACAACCGCGCCUCGCCUGCCCGCCCGUGGCCGAGCUGCAGCUGCUGCCCGGCCGGGCCUGCUCGCCCGUGCCCACGAGUGGCCGACGCGGCCGGCGGCGUGCCCGCCCGUGCGUGCCCGACGCGGCCGGAGUCGAGGCGCGCACGGACAGCUCCGACCGGCUCCACCUCUCGCCGACCGUUUCUCCCGUCUCGCCUCGGGGAACCUCGGCCCGGCACAACGCCCACCACUCAGCGACCGGCGCUCCCCACUGCCGGUGUCGCGAUUCGUGGCAAAACGGGGAGGCUCGCUCUCUGGUUUCUCUGUUCGCGGUAAGGUUCCCUAG